AUGCCGUGGCCCAUCGACUCUAUGAUGGAGCCCGCGUCCACGAAGGCUGAGGACCAACUAAUUUGGUUUGCGCUCUACCUGGUAAUUUAUUUGGCCUUUUACUUCUUUACAAGCCCAUUUGUGGGCAACCGUGAGCUGCUUGAUUCUUGGACGCCCUAUGUUUAUUUCUCCAUGGUGCUCUAUGCGUGGCUAAUCUCCGCUGCAGCGCUGCAUACGCCCGUACAUGCUCUGGGGUUAUUGGAUUCUACUAUUAAGCAACCUAUCUCGCUGUUAUUUCCAUUUUUUUCAGCAAGUUUUGUCUUUUUGAUCAUAUUGGAAGUGCUCAUGGCGCUCUUCCUUUCGCGCAUCACAAAAAAGCUCGGCUUCUCCUGGACGGUAGCUCACGUUUCCCUAGGACGGUCGUUCAUGAAUGUGCUUCGCAAUAGCGCUGCGAUAAGCGUUGCUUGUGUAGCACUUAUUGUACACUGCGACGCAACUUAUGACUGUGCUGCGACUCCUGAUGAACCGGUUACGUACAAUAGCCAUGCAUGUGCUCAGAUCUUCUCGUUUGUUCAGUCAGACGAGGUUGAUACACUGGUCCCCGCAAGUUACGGUGGAGCAAUACUGAUCUGGUGUAUGGGCAUGCUGCUUGCCAUCACCAACUUUAUUCUGGAACGCUAUAGUGGAAUUCGUAUGAUAGCAUCCUUCGGAUGGUUUAAAAAUUCAGCGGAAGACAACGGUGUGGAUGAGUUGUCAGAAGGAGAAAAUGGUCACGAGCUUUUGCCACCUGAGCUAAACUUACCGAUGGUGCCUUGGUAUUCGAUGCUUCUGUUCGACACGGUAUUUGAUCUUCUCAUUUCUCUCAAGAUCUUUCUCGGUAGGUUUGACAUGCGCACGAUGCAACGCGCACUGCAUCCGAAUGAUGAAGACUAUUACUUUGAUCAUCUUGCUGAGAAGGAAGAGGUGUGGCUGGAUUUUAUGGCCGACUGCGGAGAUGGUUUUAACAGUAGUUACCAAAUCGCACGUUUGCUUGCUCAACCACAACUAGAUGUAGAGUGCAAACUACCCGAUGAUGAUGAUGGAAAAUUCGUGAUGUACAAAGACGCUGAGAAGAAGAAAAAGACAAAAACAGUCAAACGAGUGUUUCCGAGAGGUGACGCACUUAUUAUUGGUGGUGAUCUGGCUUAUCCGCACCCAGAUGACAAGACAUACGAGACACGAUUGUUUCGUUGCUUUGAGUAUGCCAUGAAGCCGCCACCCUCGUAUCACCCAUCCGCAAUUUCUACGCAAAAAAAGGCUCCUGAAGGUUGCACAUCACUGCGCGAAUACAAAGGUCCCAGCGUGUUUGCGAUUCCUGGAAACCACGAUUGGUUCGACGGUCUCAAUACGUUUACGCGAUACAUUUGUCAGCGAGACUGGCUUGGUGGGUGGUUGCUUCCUCAAAAAACGAGCUACUUUAGUCUCCAGCUUCCACAUGGUUGGUGGUUAUUCGGCGUGGAUCUAGCGCUUGAGAACGAUAUAGAUAUAGAGCAAUUUGGCUUUUUUGAACGAGUAGCGAAGAGCAAAAUGGGUCCGAAUGAUGCAGUCAUAGUGCUAACACACGAACCGCGAUGGCUUCUUAAUGUGUACGAAGACAAGUCAAAUGUUGACGUGAAGUUGUCAUAUCUGAUUGAGAGGGUGCUAAAGGGUCGAGUUGCUGUGCGACUUGCUGGAGAUAUUCAUAACUACAUGCGGCAUUCGCUGGUAGAGGAAUCACACAUGCUCAAGCGUCCUACCUCCAUGAUAUUCGAUAUGCCGCGACCGAGGUUUUCGACAGUGAACCUUCCUCGCAGACACUCGUUCUCGUCUCCUGUUCACAUGCAUUUUCCACAUCUAAAACAGCAUGACGAUCAUAUUGAAAACGAGGAAGUAGCGUGCGAUACUGAGCCCACAACACCUUCUACCGUUGGACACAAAUGUGCUGCCAGACAUUUGAUUAUCUCGGGUGGUGGAGGUGCUUUUUUGCACCCAACGCACAUACCAAGUUCGAAGAUAGUAUCAAAUGGUGGCUUGUACGAGCAGAAGCUGUGUUACCCACCAGCCCAUGUCUCCAGGCGCUAUGCGGUAUUAAAUGUGCUCGGCUUUCGCCGCCUAAAUUGGCGCUUCGAUGCUAUUGGUGGAGUUGGGUACUUUGUGCUAGUAUUCUCAAUGUUUCCUCGCUGCUCGGUGGGUUCAAUCUAUGCUGCAGCAACGCAUUGGGAUGCAGUAGUGCAAUUUUACCAGGAGCUUGUGCAUGUGCUUUAUGAUAUGGUGACUACUUCGCAUGUGUCGCUUUUGUGCUCGAUUGCGAUGCUGUUUGGGACAAUUGGGUUUGCAGAUUGCACUACAUUCCCAAAGCGAUGCGCCAUGGGAUUGACAGUUUCAUGCUUUCAUUAUGUGGCUGCCUUUACUAUCUUGCUUAUAUACGAAUGCCUCCUGGAAAUUGCCUCGGCUCGUGGCGCUCUAGGCCGCGAAGGGGAACACACGCUUUAUCUCUUUUUCAGCAGUACGCUACCCGAUUUUUCCGCAAUUCGAAAGUAUGACUUGUUUGGACUCGCCUCAUUGUACGGAGAGUUUAUGCAGCUCUGCAUGACCAUCUUCGACGUGCCAGAGAUGGUUGCGUUGCAUCGCAACAAGAUUUGUACGUCGGGAUAUGAAAGUCUUGGACGAAUGGAACUUUGGACUUACUAUGCAAGUGUGUUCCCGUACUUCUGGGUGCUGGCCACGCCUGUUGUCAGUUUUGUCUUCGGCACGUACUUAUACCUCUCGCUCAAUCUCCUUGGAUGCCACUACAAUGAAGCUUUUUCCUCACUGCGCAUUGCCAGCUACAAGAACUUUUUGCGCCUGCACUUUGACAAAAAGGGUCGACUCGAAGUGCUCGCCUUUGGUGUGGACAAGAUGCCGCAUCGGUGGUGCAGAGACCCAAAGUGGAGUGGAGGCCACGGACCGCGCGCUUCCUUAGAGCGAAACUUGCCGUCGUUUAAAUGGACACGUCCGAGCUAUUGGAAGCCGCUAGUGUCCAAGGUUGACAACAUGUUGCGUAUGGACUUUGAGAACCCGUCACUUGAUGGCAAGUUUAAUACGGCAGACCGUUCUAAGACGUUCCUACAUGUCCAUACAUUGAUUGUAACACUUCAGAAUCGGCAAACUGCCGCUAUGGUUAAACGGAAGAAGCAUGAUAAAGACAAAUAUUACAAUCUAGCUAGACAACAGGGGUAUCGUGCACGGUCGGCGUUUAAGCUCAUUCAAUUAAAUAAGAAGUAUGACUUCCUGUCUACGGCCAAAGUGUGUAUAGACUUGUGUGCCGCUCCCGGUGGAUGGUGUCAGGUAGCAGCUAAGUAUAUGCCUGCUUCCAGUAUCAUUCUGGGUAUAGACCUGCUACCCAUUCGCCCUAUACGAGGUGUCAAAACGUUUCAGUGUGACAUCACAACUGCCCGAUGUCGCCAGAUCAUCAAACAGGAGAUGCAGAGCUGGCAGGCCGACGUUGUUCUCUGUGACGGUGCGCCAAAUGUCGGGGCAGAGUAUUCCAAAGAUGCCUAUGUGCAAAAUGAACUAGCUUUGAUUGCGCUCAAGCUCGCAGUUGACGUUCUGGGACGAGGCGGCACCUUUGUGUCGAAAGUUUUUCGCUCGCAAGACUAUAAUGCCCUUCUCUGGGUAUUUAAGCAACUAUUUAAGAAGGUGAGCGCUACGAAGCCUUUGUCGUCGCGUAACGAAUCCGCCGAGAUUUUCGUUGUCUGUGAGCAUUUUUUGGCUCCACACUCAAUUGACCCGAAGUUAUUCGAUCCAAAGUACGUCUUUGAUCAAGUAGACUCGCAGGAAAAGUCAAUCACCAUAUUUCAUCCGAAAUUCGGUGACCGUAAACGACAUCGUGAAGGUUACGACGAGGCUCUGGGAGUAACAUUAACGAAUGAGUGCAGUGUAUCGCAAUUUAUUGAUGCACACGACCCCAUUCGACUAUUGACAGAUACGACUAGCAUUAAAUUCAUGCCAGAAGAUGAUGUUUUUCGUGACCAUAAAGACACAUCGGACGAAAUUGUGACGUGCUUAAAUGAUCUAAAGGUGCUGGGUAAGGGUGACUUCAAGAGUUUGUUAAGAUGGCGUUCUCGAAUGGUGAAAUACAAGGAAGAGCUUCUUAAGGCCGAAAGGCCGGAGGAGAAGACGGAAGACAAAAACAUUUCGGAGAAAGAGCCUCAGCUCGAGUUAACCGAGGAGGAGAAAGAUGCAUUAGUCCGGGAGGAGCUAUCUCAAUUGCGAGCAAAUGUUCUAUCCAGAAAAAAACGUGAGAAGAAAAAGGAACGAGAACGGAAACAAAAGCUUAGAAUUCGAGCUGCUUUGGGUAUGAAUGCGGAGGGUAUCGAAAUUAUGGAGACUGAGGCGGCAUUUAGUUUAAAGGAGCUGAAGCUUUCUAAAAGCAAGGUGGACGAGCUGGAAAAUGCCGGAGCGGAUUCAUGUUCUGAAGAGAGCCUUGAAUUUGAAACGUCAGACGAGGAUGUGAGUCGAGACUGUGAGGACAGUGAUGCAGAGUACGAUGAGCUGCUCGAUAAGUCAAUGGAGAAAGCCUACGAUGAGUAUUUAACGCGGCGCGGCGACGAUGUGAAGACUCGGAAGGCUGUCAAGCGCACUAAGGUGGCCAAGCGUGCACUGGCUGGGGAAGCCCUCGUCCAAGAUAGCGCAAUGUUUGACGGCGACAUGAAGCAAUAUCAGAAAAUGAUUGUCCCGGAGGAGAGUUCAGACGAAAGCGACGACGACGAUUUGAACGUAUCGCUCAAGGUGCCUGAAAAAUCAACUGCCGCUGUAAAUCGCUGGUUUUCGAACAACAAGCUAUUUGAAGGUAUCGAAGUAAACGACUCAUUGGCUCUACCACAAAUGCCAAUGACGGAUAAAGAGAUUCGUCACGUCAAACGCAAGGCUGCAAUGGAGCGGCAAGAACGGCGGGCCAAGAAGAAGCUGAAAAAAGAAGAGAACGAGUACGAGCUCGAGUUUGGCACAGGAUUCGACGUCGUAGCGGCAGCCAACUCUGACGUACAUACUGAAGCUGGAGAAAGUGAUGACGAAGUCACAGCGAAAAAGAAAGCAUUGAUUCGUUCUGGUAUGGGUGCUGCGCUGAAAGAUGACAAGAGCUUAACCGAUAAAAUUGAUGUUGUCGCUGCUGGUGAGGAGCCGGAAGUGGAAGAAUUGCCGGUCAUGGACGAGCGAAAAUAUGACUCCGAUCACGAGGAGUACGAUGCUGAAGAUCGUGCCAAGACAAUGGCGCUUGCUAGCAUGAUGAUCCACAAGUCGAAAGCUAAGGACCUUAUCGAUGCCAGCUAUAAUCGUUAUGCCUGGAACGAUUCAGAGGGUUUGCCUGACUGGUUUGUAGACGACGAGGAGAAGCACUACCGUCCUCAAAUACCAAUUCCGAAAAACGUAUUGGCACAGAUGAAGGAACGUUUUAUGGAUAUGGCAACGAAGCCUCUCAAGAAAGUGGCUGAGGCCCGUGGCCGCAAGAAUCGUCUCAAGAUGAAAAAGCUCAAGGCGGCAAAGAAGCAGGCUACAGACAUUGCUAAUUUGCCCGAUAUGUCGACCCGCGAGAAGCUUAAAGCUAUUGAUCGUGCCAUGAAGGGUGCUCGUCUCAAGAAAGAAAGCAAAGUAUAUGUCGUGUCGACCCGAGGCGGCGCUAAAACUGCUGGAGGCAAGAAGAUUGGCAAGGGGAAGGUAAAGGUGGUAGAUCUGCGUAUGAAAAAAGACAAGCGUAACGCAGAAUUACGCGCAAAGCGUGGAAAAAAGCGGAAAAGAUAA